GUCGGGCUGGGCUCGGGGCCUCUCUGCCGGCGGCGGGACGGGGGAUCGGGCGCUGGGACCCGGCACUCCCCGCUCCGGUGGGGCGCGGCAGGCGGAAAGCACAGAUAAAAAUGGAAGAAACACAGCUCUCCAGCCUGACGUUGCUGCCUGAGGACACAGCAGCCGAGCAGAUGGAAGCGUUCCUGUGAGUACUACUGCCCGCUUGGGAGAGAUCAUGGGCACAGCCACUGAGUUAGCUGAGUCUAGAUGAACAGACUGAGAGAGAUGUACAGCUGACAGUUCCUUCCAUGUUCUGGGCCUGACUCUGUCACUGACCUCUUUGGUGUACCUAAACAGUAUUUCCUGCCCCCCGCUUUCCCAUCUAAAAUGGUUUCCUGCAUCCAGCUGCUCAGCAUGUCUUGGCUACUGUGGCUCUGCACGCUCUGACCAUGAGCAGCAGCAAUUCCUCCCUCAGCAAUGUGAAGGACCUGAAGAACCUGACCACGCAGGAAGACGAGGCAAUCAGAGUAACAGAGUCCAUUGCUAUAAUCGUCAUUGCUAUUUUCAUCUGUUUGGGCAACCUGGUGAUUGUUGUCACCCUCUAUCGGAAGUCUUACCUUCUCACAUUGAGCAACAAGUUUGUGUUCAGCCUGACCCUCUCCAACUUUCUACUCUCUGUACUGGUGCUGCCUUUUGUUGUCACCAGCUCCAUCAGGCGGGAAUGGAUCUUCGGAGUAGUUUGGUGCAACUUCUCAGCCCUGCUGUACAUGCUGAUCAGCUCAGCCAGCAUGCUUACUCUUGGACUGAUAGCUAUAGACCGGUACUAUGCUGUCCUGUAUCCAAUGGUUUACCCAAUGAAGAUAACGGGCAACAGAGCAGUGGUAGCUCUUGUGUACGUGUGGCUACAUUCCCUUAUCGGCUGCCUUCCACCCCUUUUUGGCUGGUCGUCUUUGGAGUUUGACCAAUUCAAAUGGAUGUGUGUGGCAGCCUGGCAUAAAGAAGUUGGCUAUACUGCCUUUUGGCAGAUCUGGUGCGCAUUCUUGCCUUUUGUGGUCAUGAUGGUCUGCUAUGGAUUCAUAUUCCGUGUGGCAAGGAUUAAGGCCCGCAAAAUCCACUGUGGUAGUGUUGUCAUUGUGGAGGAGGACUCCCAGAGGAACGGAAGGAAGAACUCCAGCACCUCCACAUCCUCUUCUGGCAGCCGAAGGAAUGCUUUCCAAGGGGUUGUCUACUCAGCCAACCAGUGCAAAGCUUUAAUAACCAUCUUGGUUGUCAUCGGUGCUUUCGUGAUUACAUGGGGGCCUUACAUGGUAGUAAUUACAUCAGAGGCACUUUGGGGAAAAAAUAGUAUUUCCCCUGCCUUGGAGACAUUAGCUACAUGGUUGUCCUUUUCCAGUGCCAUUUGCCAUCCACUAAUUUAUGGACUGUGGAACAAGACAGUGCGUAAGGAACUACUAGGCAUGUGCUUUGGGGAUCGGUAUUAUCGUGAGUCCUUCGUUCAGCGGCAUAGGACAUCAAGAUUAUUCAGCAUUUCCAAUAGGAUCACAGAUUUGGGACUAUCUCCUCAUCUCACUGCCCUCAUGGCAGGUGGGCGGCCAUUAGGAAACAGCAGCAGCACAGGAGACACGGGUUUCAGCUGCUCACAGGAUUCCGGAACAGAUACAAUGCUUCUUGAAGAUUACAGCUCUGAUGGCCCUCACGUCCCACACUGCAUCUGUCCUCCCCGAAGGAGGAGUUCAGUGACGUUUGAAGAUGAAGUAGAGCAAAUUAAAGAAGCUGCAAAGAACUCUGUUCUUCAUGUAAAAGCUGAAGUCCAUAAAUCGCUGGACAGUUACGCAUCCAGUUUAGCAAGAGCUAUUGAAGCUGAUGUGAAAAUCAGCUUGUUUGGGGAAAGUGCUUUACCGGGAGCUCUGUUCCCUGUGAGGACUCUGCCAGGAAGCAGCAUGAACACACGGCGUGGCAUCAGGCCUCAUGCUAGCCAAAGACUUCAGUUGCAGAGCAUUGAUGAAGGGAAUAUUUGACAGGAGCACUGGAGUAAGAAAACAACAUGAUACUGCUAAGCAGGACCGACUACAGCUGUUAAUGUUUCAACAGAACCAGGAUACCUUGUUGGGAUGUUUUCAGUGUUUUUUUCAACAUUUGGAAAAACAGCUGAAUUUUGGUACUUAAAUCAGCAGUAUUUGUUUACUAUUUAGGGUGCUAUUGACUCUUUUGUGCCAUGUCUUAUCUGUAACAGUGCAUAGGAAUGCAGGGUUUGGUUUCAUUGACCAGGUUAUUAGUCUGAUGAAUCUGGGGUCCACAACUGGCCAAAGCCGAUACUUUCCCUUUUUCAUUCCUGUAUGUGUAGUGUUCAGUUCAUCAUUGCGUUGAUCCCUUUCUAACCACCAGUUUAUACUUAAUAGCUGUAAGUGCCCUGAUAGGAGCUCCUGCAUCAGAUACCACAUAAUGCCUUACUGUCCCAGACUCCCAAAUGUUUGAGCAUGUGCUUCCCUAAGAGAUAAAACCUGAACUUUCCAGAGAGCUCAUGCAGAUUAUGGUCCUACUUACCCUUGCUGUUCAGCUAUCAGAGUGCUAAAUCUGAAACUGGCUCGUGCAUUGCUUCUGUGUUAUGCCACACCAGCUUCUCUGGAUGCAAUGGGUGGGAGCAGACCUGUGCUGGAAAAGUCACAGAGAUGGUAUUUGAAGAAAUCAUCAAUGCAGAGUUCUUGAUUUCUCCAAGAACUUCAAUUCACUUCCCCAGCUUUGCUUUUACUAAAAGAAUGCUCUGCAGCUGUGGGAAGCUUGGCAGAAUAUAAAUAAGGUAUUGCCACUCUAGUGAUAUAUUCAGGAUUCAUCCUUUCUGGAGGGAAAAGUUCUCAGUUAUUUGUUUUUAAUCAUAAGGGAAUGUGGUAUUUAAGUAAUAGUUACCUCGGUGCUUAUAUUUCUAGGAGUAUUAAUUCAUUAAUCUCUAAAAUAAGGCCAUUUGGCACUUACUUUGCAU